AUGACUCUGCCGUCAGUUCGAUCCAGCGGUGGUAAGCGCGAGCAGAUCGGAGUAUUCGAUUACACUGACGAUGAUGAACGUAUCGAAGAGAUGUCGAAGAAACUCCUACGAAAGUUCGUUUCCCCACUAACGAAAACCCCCCGAGCGAUCGAUAAGUAUGACUUUCUCCGAUUCUUUGCGCAGGAUACCCAGAGCAAAGAAUUGGACCACAGAGUUAUUGAUGUUGAAGUUGUGCAGAACACCCGAAGCGAGAGCAAAGAACUGGGCAACAGAGUUAUUGAUCUUGAAGUCCAACUCUCAACAAAAGAAAAAAGGUCAAGGUGUGAACAUAGCGGAUAUGGAACUAGUGACCUUAUUGAUGUAAUCUCUGAUGGCUCUCAUGGAAGGAUUGGAAUCAGUUCAUCAACUUCAUCAUCUCUGUCAGAAGAUGAUGAAGCCUCAACUGGAGAACAAGCCACGAAUUCUGCUUCUGUUCCACAUGAAGUUGAUUCCGAGAAUCCAAAAGUUCUCAUUAACCCUGAUGUUAUUGUAUAUGGAGAUAUAUACUGUACAAACUCGAAGUUAACAUUUUCAAGCAACUGUAUGAAUGUCGAGAGUUCAUCAGUAAAUGCAACUAAAGGAACCUUUAGUUGUCAGUGGAAAAUAGAAGAUAUCAUCAGAAUUGAGUCUCAGUGGUGUUUAGAGGUUGAGACUGCCUUUGUCAACGUCCUUCUGAAGUCCAGGGACCCUAAACGAGUUGACAGUGCUGAAGAGAUCUCAGGUAUUGAUCUCCUCAAAUUUUCUGUUUGUGACCCUAAAUGGUCUAAAGAAGUAGAAACCGUCAAAUUGCUGGACUCAAGAUACAAGGAUAUUUGGCUUGAUACUAUAACAGAAGGCGAGGAAAGUGCUUGUAGUGGACACAAUUUGGGAACUUCACUCACCAACCUUGCUGAUUCAUUUGAAGAUCUAGUUUACCCUCAAGGAGACCCAGAUGCUGUAGUAGUUAGGAAGCAAGACAUUGAGCUACUGAAGCCAAGACGUUUCGUCAACGAUACAAUCAUUGAUUUUUAUAUCAAGUACCUCAAAAGUCGGAUUCCACCGGAGGAACAGGGCAGAUUCCACUUUUUCAAUUGUUUCUUUUUCCGUAAGCUGGCUAACUUAGACAAAGGUUCACCUAGCACAUUUGGAGGAAAGGAAGCAUACCAACGCGUGCAGAAGUGGACUAAGAAUGUGGAUCUUUUUGAAAAAGAUUAUAUAUUUAUUCCUAUAAACUGCAGUUUUCACUGGAGUCUGAUUAUCAUCUGUCAUCCUGGUGAAUCGGUUCCUUCUCAUGUUGAAAACCCACCAAGGCUUCCCUGCAUCUUGCAUCUGGAUUCAAUUAAAGGAAGCCACAAAGAUGGUCUCAUAAACAUUUUUCCGAGUCCAAUGCAUGGAUUUUAUCAUGAAUAUUUGAAGUACAUCAUGAGUGAACUACUUACAUGCCCACGUGAUCAUAGUUACCUACGUGAAGAGUGGAAUGCGAGGCAUGGAAACACAAGUGAUUUCUCAAGAGCUCCAGAUCUGAAGUGCAUCUCACUUGAGCUCCCGCAGCAAGAGAAUUCGUUUGACUGUGGCCUCUUUUUGCUCCACUAUUUGGAUCUUUUUGUUGCUCAAGCUCCUGCUAAAUUCAAUCCUUCCCUCAUCACAAGAUCGACAAAUUUUCUAACUAGGAAUUGGUUUCCUGCAAAGGAAGCUUCACUUAAGCGCAGAUACAUUUUAGAAUUGCUUUACAAUCUCCAAAAAGGUCAUGAUCCAAGUAUUCUUCCAGCUAAAUCCAAAAGUAAACUGCCUCAUUGUGGAGCUUCCAACAAGAAUGAUCAAGAAAACAAAAGCAAGAAUGUGAUUGAGAUCUGUAACUGGAGAAAACCAUUUGAUGGCUCCUCAUCAACCGUCACAAACAUUCCCCAAACAAAGACUUGUUCGCCAGAUCUGAUUCUUAGCAAAGAAAUUUUUUACACUGGAGGUUAUGACCCUAAGUCUUCUAAGCGCCGAAGUUUCUUUAUGUCGCCUAUAGUGGUAAAUUCCCUUUUCUCUGUCUUUGAAAUUUAG